UGCGUAUUCUUCGAUUUGUUACCAUACCAUAGAGGACCACAAACUUCGAAAAGCUUUAGUUCGCACAAAAAAAAAUAACCCCCCCCCCCCCCGGCCCUCGCCAUUCACAAAGAUCUCACCACCUCUUCUUCCUCCUCCUCAUUGUAUUACUCCAUACGCCUGACACAACAAUAGGGUGGGAAUAAGGCGAAUUCGUGUCUGUUCCAAUGAUUGGCAAUUCAUUUCUGUACAUUAUUGUUGAUUUUGGAACAAUUGAUUGAUGAUAGAUGUGAGUUUAUAGGGAAAUUUUUGUUGCCAUUUCAAAAUUGAGGUUCUGAAAUCCUCUAAUGGACUCGAUUUGGGUAAAUGAUGUUGCCCCUGGCGUUCCGGAUUUCAUGUAUGCGAUUUACUUCAUAUUUGCUUUCUUCGCCGCCAGGUUCUUCCUUGACAGAUUCAUCUUUCGCAGGCAAGCCAUUUUGUUGCUGCGAUUGGGAACCACCCACUUGAAAAUUGAUGAGCCUACAAGAGCAAAAAUUGUUAAAUGCUCUGAAUCCAUGUGGAAACUUGCAUAUUAUGGCACUAUUGAGUUUUGUGUCCUAAAAGUUGCCUAUCACGAGCCAUGGUUCCUAGACAUUAAGGAGUAUUUCAGGGGCUGGCCAAAUCAAGAGCUACAGGUUGGAAUAAAACUUAUCUAUAUGUGCCAAUGUGGGUUCUACCUCUAUAGCAUUGCUGCCCUCCUCGUUUGGGAAACACGAAGGAAAGACUUCUCUGUGAUGAUGUCUCAUCACAUAGUCACAGUUAUUCUGAUAUCAUACUCGUACAUUUCAAGCUUCUUUAGAAUUGGGAUUGUUAUUCUUGCAUUGCACGAUGCCAGUGACGUCUUUCUUGAAGCUGCUAAAGUGUUUAAGUACUCAGAGAAGGAGCUUGGAGCUAGCUUAUUCUUUGGUCUUUUUGCCAUCUCUUGGUUUGUACUUAGGCUGGUUUUCUUUCCAUUUUGGGUCAUACAAUCCUCAAGCUACUAUUUAUGUGAGGUCUUGAGGCUGUCUGAGGCCUAUGAUACAACGGUAUACUAUGUCUUCAACACAAUGCUCUUGACUCUACUUGUGUUCCACUUGUAUUGGUGGAUUCUAAUAUGUUCAAUGAUCACGAGGCAGUUGAAAAAUAGAGGAAAAGUUGGGGAAGAUAUUAGAUCUGGUGAGCAUCUUUGUAGUGAAGUUGAGGAAAACUACAGCUAUCUUAUGUUAUUGAACUGGUGCUGAAACUGUUAUUCAGAAGAUGAUGACUAGCUUAUGCUCAAAUCUUCUGCAGAAACGUGUUAUCUUGGGAAGAUUCAGAAGAUUGCAUAUGACUUGUAGGUUUGUCACGGCGUCUGGUUCCUUCUCCAAUUAGGCCUAGGUUGUCAUCAUCUAAGUUUUUGUUCUCUUUUUCUUUUGAUUGUAGGAGAAGGUGAAAGAGGCGUCUAUCAUUUUAAUUAUAUUACAAAAAUUUAGGUGUACAAAAUAACAGGCAUCUCCUUGUAUAAUGUUCUCUCUAACCAGAUAAUGAAAACAAUUUAAGCAGACCAUCUUUGCUUA